GGCUCGGGUCCGAGCGCACAGCUGAUCGGUGUCUCUGUUUUCUUGCGCCCUCUGUGCCGCCGCUGCGAAAGGAGUGGAAAAGAAGAAACGAAACAAUACUUGUGAAAUAAAUAAUGGUUGCUACGCUGCCCACAGUCACCCAGUGAGACGACCAGCUGCACGAUGCGCGAGCCCAAUCUAUAUGUGAUCCUGUCGCAUGCGCUAAUCGGCUCCGGCUUCUUCUUCCUGUACGUGCAGCAUGUGCGCGUGAUCUUCGAGACGCGCACCAACAUCCAACAGCUGAACCAGUUGGAGCGCGAGGCGUUGCUCCGACGGGAGGACGCGUUGUACUAUGCCUUCUACAAGCGGCUGGCCGACGGUCCGGACUUCUGGCACGGCUAUGAGCAACUGAAGAACGUCACGGACAUCGAGUAUCCGCACAGCGUCAAUGUGCUCCAGCGCUUUUACGUGCUGCCAGAGCUGGUCACGGCGUACUUUUAUCAUGUGGUCCGCGCCGGCUUUAAUCCGCUGGUCCAGCCGAUGCAGUUCUACCUCGAGUUCGUGUGGCUCAUGGGCGGGGUGACCCUGCUGGUGCUGUAUCUCUACGGGACACUGCUCAGCGAAAACGUUUUCGGUGGCAUAUAUGGCGUGAUCUCGUAUGUGAUGUUUCACAGCUUCGUUGCGAAGAUAUACGAGAGACCGCUGGCGAGGGAGAACUUCGCCUUUCCCUUUAUCUUCUUGCAGAUGUUCUAUCUCUGCAUCUGCAUCGGACGCAUCAUUCAUCGACAGCGGCACACUUCGCGUCUGUUUAUGAUAUUCGCUAUGUCACUGUUCACCGCCUGCGCCCUACUCUCCUGGCAGUUCUCCACCUUCAUCUUCACCACACAAAUCCUGAUCGUGAUGACGUCCUGGAAUGUUAGUGCCUUGCCCACGGGCGUGGCCAACGCCUUCGCUUUGGACUACUCCCUGUCGCACCUUGUCGGCCACGCGCUGGCCUUUGUGAUGUCGCACGGCAACAGUCAGCUGCUUUGCACCUGGCAGCUGAGCGUCUCGCUGUCCGUCUUCCUCAUCACGGUAGUGCGUCAGGUGCGCCAGGUGCGCAGCCGGCGGCUUGGACACACGCAAGAUCCGCUGCAGGGCGACUACUUUUCCCUGAAGUUCAUUCUGCUGGCGCUGCUCUUUGCGAGCAGCAUGCAGGGCAAGCUGCUGGAGCUGCACACGCACUACUGCGACCUCUGGGCCCACUGGGCGCUCCAGGUAAAGGUUGGAUUUGUGGCUAACCUCUCCGCCUGCAACCCGCUGUACGCGCGCAUCGCCUGGUCAGAGCUGUGGCAGCUGGUAAAGACGCUGAUCGUGAAACCGUACUGCAUGUACGGCGUUGUCAUGUUGGCCAUGUUCUUCCGGCGCUGGCGAAAGAGCGGCGCCGCAGCCAGCUCCGUCAGCGAGGAGCAGCGCCAACGCGCCCGCAAUUAUGUGCUUGAGGACUUUCUGGAGGAGCACCGCGUAUCCAUGGGUGACAUGUCCACCCGGCAGACAGAGCUCCAGUUGCAACAGUGCUUCCGCCUGCUGAAGAGCUGCGAUUACGACUACGAGCGCUACAAACGCGCUCAGGCCCGCCUGCGCCAGGAGCAGCCACCUGCCCGCGACGACUUCAUGCAGGACAUUCAACGACUGCGGGCGCAGAUCCAUCGCAACAGCGACAAGCAACGGAAGGAGCGCGCCCAGGAAACCAAAGAGGCACCCGGCGAAUGUAGUACCGGUGUCCCGCUGCUCGGUAACGAAAAGCUUAAGGAAGUGGAACCGGAGGAGGACCCAAUCAGCUUAGAAGCGAACCCCGACCGCAACCGAAAAGCUGAACCGGAAGCUGAAGCCGAUGCCGAGUCCCCUACAGAUGCUUCUGAAACUCUGCCGUCCAAGUCCCCACAAGAAGAGGAAGGGGAGCCCACCUCCGCCAACACAUCCACAUCGGGCUCAACGCGCUCUAGUAGCCAGCGUCGUCAGAAGCGGACUGGCUCUAGGCGCAGCUCAGUGGUGCCCACGGUUAGUGCCCAGAUCUUCAACCUGCACUGUAUGUACAGCUUCCUGCAAAUGCUCGUCUUUACCGUCAUCGGACUGGCCGUUCGCAAGCUCUUCUUCCUCAGCUUUACUCAGGGCUGCGUCAUCGCGCCCACAGUGUGCUCCAAGGUGUGGUACCACCGGCAACGCAACAUCUUCUGGUCGGUCUCCCUGGCCGUCUUCCUGCUAAGCAUGUUCGAUCCGGGCAUGGUGAAUAUUCGCGAGGAGUAUCUGCCGACGCGGUACAAUGCCGACGACCUGGACAGCAUGCUCGAGUGGAUCAAGCUGAACACAGAGCGAGAUGCCGUCUUUGCGGGUCCCGUUGAGAUUAUUGGCACCGUGCACCUGACCACUAAGCGGCCCAUUGUUAACCAUGCGCACCUGGAGAUGCGUCAGAUGGCGGACCGCACGGAGCACGUAUACUCGGUGUACAGUCGCCAGCAGUCGUCUGACAUCUACAAUCAGUGCGCCCAACUAAAGAUCCAGUACUUGAUCAUAUCGCUGGACGAGUGCACCAACGAAGUGCGCGACGACUGUGACCUGCUGGCAAUUUGGGAUGACAAGCAGCCGGCGUAUCGACGGUAUCCACAGUUCUGCCACGAGCUGCUGCAUAAGAAUGUGCCCAGUUUCUUGAAGGUGUACGCUAAUGAGAACUAUGGCAUCAUCAAGAUGUUCUCGCAGAGCGUGCAGAUCAACCUCAAGCAUAACAAAAUGCCCGAGAUGGCUAUAUAGUCAUCAUCGUCGUCUUCGAGGUAGCCGGGACGGGAUGCUGGGAUGAGGGAAAUUGACUGUGUUGUGUUGUUCGUAGCUGUGUGACUAGGAAUUAGCGUUUUACGAUGUCUGUGUAUUAUGAUUACGUUUAGUAUUGCUGUGGGGCCCCUUCCCGCUCCUGCUUGGCCCCUCAUUUUCGCCUCCCUCUUCUAGCCCCGCCGUUGUACCCGUUCCAGAGCGCAGCGCAAUCGGAGCGUUGGAGAAAGGGAGAUGUCGACACCAAAAGAUAGCCGCAGGCGGCAGGCAGGCAACCAUAGCUGGGGGCGGCCGCUUCCGCUGGCUAUCUGGCUAAUAACUGGAUGCAUUUAGCAGCUUGACUUGUUUCUGUUGCGCUUCGGUGCGUUCAGACCUCGUUUGGAUCAUUCCCCGCGCAGCCCUCGCAUUCAAAUAAGUUAAUCUAGCCGUAUGGACCGACUCCAAACUCUAAGCACUUUCGUUAAGUUUAAGCUAAGCUUUUUACAUUUAUGUAUCAAUUGUAGUAUAUGACGUGUGGUCCGGCUCCCGGAUAUGUGGGACGAUGAUGCGUGUCCAUGGAAUCCACAAAUCCUAGACCCAAGAACGGGCAAAGUGUAUUUGCCAGGCAAUAAGUGAAUUAAAUGAUAAAGUUGAACAAUCAAAAAA